CUUCUUCCUGCAAGAAGACCAAUAAGGGAACAAACUCACAAGCAUAUCCUAAAAAUGAAUUCACCAAUUCAGAUUCUUCCACUCUCCACCGUCUUCCAAAUCCUCCUCCUUACUCUCUUGAUAAUCAUCAAAUCACUCGCAAGCUCACCGGAGGAAAAUACACCCGCCUUCUUCAUCUUCGGCGACUCCACCGUCGACGUCGGCAACAACAACUACAUCGAUACCAUCGCCAGAGCAAACUUACCUCCAUAUGGGCACAGCAGUUUUUUCAACAAACCUACCGGCCGCUUUUCCGACGGCCGCAUAGUUGUAGAUUUCAUCGCGGAAUACGCCAAACUCCCUAUAAUUCCACCAUUCAAGCAACCAUCUGCGAAGUUUAUAAAAGGAGUUAACUUUGCAUCAGGAGGCGCUGGCGUUUUGCCGGAAACAUAUCGAGGAAUUGUGAUUGAUUUCCCAACACAGCUAGAGCAAUUCAAUACAGUUAUAAGCUCGCUAUCAGCAGAGCUGGGUGAAGCAGAUGCAAGAGAACUGAUUGCAACUGCUGUUUACUUUAUAAGCAUUGGAAGCAACGAUUACUUGAGCUAUUUAGGUAGCCCACAAAGGCAGGAGGUUUUUACUUCUGAGGACAUUGUUGGAAUGGUUAUUGGAAAUUUGUCGGAAUCAAUACAAGGAUUAUAUGAGAAAGGCGCUAGGAAAUUUGGUUUCCUGAGUUUAAGUCCCUUGGGAUGUUUACCUGCUCUAAGAGCGGCAAAUCCAAAAGCAGAUGGCAGUUGCUUUGAUGAUGUUUCUGACCUUGCAUUGGCACAUAACAAUGCCUUGUAUGGUGUGCUCCUAAGCUUUGGCCACAUCCUCACAGAAUUUAAAUAUGCCUUCAGCUCAGGGUUCUACAGUUGGCUGCAUGAAGUUAUUCAUAAUCCAGCCAAAUCAGGGUUUAAAGAUGGAAUCAAUGCAUGUUGUGGGUCUGGGCCAUAUGGAGGUGUGUAUAGCUGUGGAGGAAACAAAGAGGUAAGUGAUUACGAGGUGUGCAACUCAACGGAAGAUUUUGUGUGGUGGGAUUCUUUCCAUGUAACCGAGAAGCUUGCAGAGAAAAUAGCAGAUAUGUUGUGGAACGGUCCACAGACCUCGAUUGGACCAUAUAAUCUGAAGGGGCUGUUCUUCAACAAUGAAAAGUCUAGAGUUGAAGAUAUAGUGGAUGCUAAAGAAAAUUGGGAGGCAUUUGCUUUGUGAUUUCUAGGUGAUCGUCGUUGUGGUCAUAAUAGAAUGUUUGGAAGAAAGUAUUUAGCUUAAUAAUGGUUCUGAACAUAUUAAUCUGCUGCCUUUAAUUGUUUCAGUGCCAAGCUUUGGGAACCUUAGUAACUUAUUUUUGAGGUUGGUGAUAGCCAUGAUAUUAGGAAGUUUUUGAACUUGCCUUGUUUGCUUA